AUGCCAGUACCGGAUGCGAGAACUCGGAGCAAGAUUAGCUUAAACCCGUCGAAGGUCCUGUCAACAUCAAUCCCGAGCCGUCUUUUACCUAACUUAUUGCUUUCGAAUACAUUAUUUGUUGCGUCUUUACUCGCCGGGAAAGAAUGGAUUCUCGACUAUGAAGUUGGUGUGUUCUGGGUAACAAUGCGAGUACUUGCUUGCGGGGGGGUCGGUGUUUUAGCUUGGGAAGGUUUGACUGGACAACUGUCUCGCAAGAAGACUAUCGAGUGGCCAGUUCUCGGGAUUGCUUCUCUACUCCUGUUCGUGCAGCAAGGGUGUAUGUUUAUUACACUAUCGCGAUUUUCUCCCAUCCGAGCUAUUAUUUUCACUCAAUUCUCAACGAUCUGGGUAGAUGCACUCGUGAACUUUGCUGAUAGUCAAAAAAUGAACGCCAUCUUUUGUGCGCUGGUUCUUGGAGUUGUUUCGGACGCGGCUUUCUCUUCAACCGGCAUUUGGUCUGUGCUUCCAGGAUAUAUAGCUAUCGUCGGACACGGUGUUACUUCCACCGUGUUAGACCACACAUAUGCCGUUCUUAGUCCAGGACUGGGACCGACUUUCACCAUCGCUGCUACUAACCUUGGCGCGUCUCUAUUUGCUUUACCAUUCUACAUCUUCCGGACAGUAAUUCUUGGAUUCCCCACAACACCAGUGCUUCCGCUCUUUUCUCUAGCACUCAUUCCCUUCAUGGCGUACUCUCUAUUAUUCCUAUCGCCAACUACCGUGCGUUCGCUAAAAAAUGCUGCUCCGAAUUCACGUCACAUUGCGAUGUCUUUCCCAUUUUCGUUCGGUUGUUCUGUCAUAUUGGGUUCCCUCGCUUUCUCUCAAAUACCAUCGUGGACAGAUGUAACCAUAGGUUUCGCGUUAUAUUUUGGCAUGUAUCCCCAGAACGACGACAACACACCCGUCACGCCGCGCGCGCCUACCUCAAGGUUGAUACGAUCUUAUCUAAAAACCAUUCUGUCCAAUCCAGAAUCCAGGAAGAUCUUCUAUUUCUUGCUCUUGAAUCUAUGCUACAUGUUGGUGCAGAUGCUGUAUGGUAUCUGGACGAACAGCUUGGGCUUGAUCUCCGAUGCUAUCCAUAUGGCGUUUGACUGCAUGGCCAUCGGAGUAGGAUUGUUUGCUUCAGUCAUGGCUACAUGGGAGCCGAACGAAACCUUCACUUAUGGUUAUGGCCGCAUCGAAACGUUGUCUGGCUUUGCAAAUGGGAUUUUCCUCGUACUUAUCUCAAUAUUCAUCGUCUUCGAAGCGGUCCAACGCAUACUUGACCCUCCGGAGAUGGACACCAGUCAGCUACUGCUCGUCAGCUCUUUGGGUUUGGCAGUGAAUCUUUUCGGCAUGUUUGCUAUGGGUGGCCACCACCAUCAUGGUGGUCAUUCGCACUCUCAUGGGCACUCUCAUGGUAAUGAGGGGCAUGAACACUCCCAUGCAACCACUCCCGUGCCAGUCUCCGCCGUGCAUUCACAUUCGCACUCCCAUUCUCAUGUCUCUCCUCCUUCGUCAGCUACAGAUCACCACUCACAUUCCCAUUCGCAUGACUAUGCGUCAACUUCUCAUGCUCUAGCACACCCUCAUUCACACUCGGUCGAUGAUCACUCCCACUGUUCCGAUGAACAUGGUCCCUCACAUGGUAUAGAACACCAUUCAAAUAAUCAUUCUGAAGGCAACCAUUCUCAUUCGCACAGUCCACCAACCUCGGUUGUACCAGACAAGCAAAUCAAACGCAACUUUCUUGGUCCUGCUUUACAUUUGAAUGACGAUCUUAUUCCUGAUUCUCCGCUAACGCCGAGCUAUAGUUUUACGCAUGAUGAACACUACGAGACUCACCAUGCUACCGCUCAUGCGCCAAAUCUUCAUGAUCAUUCACAUGCUCCGUCGCAUGAGGGGCAUAGUCAUAAUAUGCGGGGGGUAUUUUUACAUGUUAUGGCAGAUACACUGGGAUCUGUAGGAGUGAUCAUUUCAACGCUUCUUAUCCAAUUUUACGGCUGGACGGGAUUCGAUCCUAUCGCAUCUUUGUUUAUCGCAAUUCUCAUCGCAGCGAGUGUGAUCCCGCUUGUGCUUGAUACAGGAAAAGUCCUUGCGCUGGAUAUUGAUGAGCGAGCUACGGAUAUACAUAAAGCCCUCGCAGAGCUAUCUACCAUUGAAGGCCUUUCAUCGUAUUCUUACCCCCGCUUCUGGCCUAAAGAUGCGAAUAGCUUGAUUGGGUCGAUACACAUUCAGCUUGCACCAUCUGCAGCAACGUUUGACCCUCAUGGACCCCAUUCUGCAGUGAGGACGACGUAUGCGAGGUUAGAUCGGGUAAUAGAAAAGGUGGACAGUAUGUUGAGGAACAGAGUAGAAGGACUAGAGGAGUUGACGAUACAAAUUGAGGAGGGACAGUGUUGA